UCUGACGGACUACAUUCGCUGCAACGCCACGUCUGCUUCCGGUUGAUGGGGACACGUCACUCAUACAGCAGAGGAAGAGGACCUGUGCAGAGCUCGUUUGUUAGACCAGUUUGUGCACAUUAAACAGCAGCAAUCAUGUCGAAUUCAGUCCUCUCUGUUAUCUCUCGGUUCCUGGAGGAGUACACCACCACGACGCCCAACAAGCUGAAGGUGGUGGACUCGUAUCUGCUCUACAUCCUGCUGACAGGAGCGCUACAGUUCCUCUACUGUCUGCUCGUCGGCACCUUCCCCUUCAACAGCUUUCUGUCGGGCUUCAUCUCAUGCGUGGGCGCUUUCAUUCUAGCAGUGUGUCUUCGUAUCCAGAUCAACCCACAGAACAAAGGAGAUUUCCUGUCCAUCUCCCCCGAGAGAGCCUUUGCUGACUUCUUAUUCGCUCACACCGUCCUCCACCUGGUCGUGAUGAACUUCAUCGGUUGAAACAAACGUGCAUCUGAUUCACAGUGUCCCCCUCUGAGAAGAGAUCAUGACAACAGAAGUCGUCAGCCCUCCCCGUCAAGACAUGAAGCUUCAUGUGUCCCUGUGCCACCGAUUCGGAGUCCCAUACCAACAAAAAACACUGCAAUAGAAGCAUCUCGACUCAUAUGAUGCAGUACAAGUUUUCUUACUGAUAAUGGUUGAUUUUCGUUCAUUUUUUUUAUGUUAAAAUUUGUAAAGCAUUCCCUUUUGCACUGAGGUGAAGAAUAAAAAAAAACAAUGAAA